AUGACGACCAUCUCCAAGCUGGGCAUCCAGGGCAUCCGAAGCUUUGACCAUGAGCGAAUGGAGGUGAUUGAAUUUGAGAAGCCGGUCACCCUGAUCGUCGGGCCGAAUGGCUCGGGAAAGACAACAAUCAUUGAAUGCUUGAAGAUGGCUUCUGCUGGAAUGCUGCCGCCCAAUGCUAAAAACGGUCACGGGUUUGUUCACGAUCCCCAAGUAGCACGCCUUCCUGAAGUGAAGGGUCAGAUCCGCAUGCUGUUCAGGGCUGGUGCUGAGCAGAAGGACCGCGAGAUCUGUGCAAUCCGAUCCUUCCAGCUAGCCAACCGCCGCGUGGCAGGCCGCAUGAAGCCGGCUUUCAAAGCUUUGGAGAGUGUCUUGCGAACGACGGCCGAGGAUGGCAGCAAGGCAAGUCUCAGUCAUAGAUGCGCGGACAUGGAUACGCAGGUCCCCGAACUAAUGGGGGUUUCUCGUGCCGUACUUGAAAACGUCAUCUUCUGUCACCAAGAGGAGUCGUCGUGGCCGUUGCAGGAAGCAGCAAGUGUGAAGAAACGCUUUGAUGACAUCUUUGGCGCAACUCGCUAUACGAAGGCGCUUCAGAACAUUAAGGAGGUGCAGAGGGAUUGGACAAAAACCACUCGCGACCGUAAAGCAGAUGCUGACCUUUCGCAAGCUCAUCUGGAUCAAGCUCGUAGGUUGGCUGGCCAGAAGGAAGACCGCGAAAGAACAGGUAAAGAGUUGUCCAAUGAGCUUGAAGGAUUGGACUCCAAGUUAGCUUCCGCUGGUGAGGAGGUGCAGAAGGCGGAGAUUGACUUGGCCCAAUAUGAAAGUUGUGGGAUCCGAGUUGCUGAGCUGAAAAGCCUCAUCGGUCGUUGUCAAAAGGAUAAGGCAGAAGCAACAGAAGUCAUGAAGCAGAAAGGACAGCAAUACUUUCGGGAGAGUUUAAGCGAGCUGCAAGAACAAGCCCGGCAGUUCAACGAACGUCAAGUUGUACAAAGUGACCAGCAGGUCAGACAGGCGAAAUCGGACGUAAGCAAGGGAGAGGCGCAGUACCAGGCUGCCGUGCAUGCAUCUCGCCAGUUGCGAGAGGACAUGGGCGAGACAGUUGCAGCGGCAGAGUUGUUGACAUCCAGAAGGGCAGACUUGCAAUCUCGCCUGCUGCAAGCGAAUGAAUCGUCAGUUGACGCACUUCGUGCCAGGUUGGAUUCCGAAGCUGCAAAAUUCGCGCAGGCAGAACGGGACCAGAGACAGCGAGAUUCCCAAGCAGAGGAAUGCAUAGCCUCAGCCGAGCGUGCCUUGCAAGAAGCGGCCUUAGAAGCUUCUAAGCAUGAAGCCCGAAUCCAGGACUGCACCAAAGCGGUUGGCCGACUUGAGGAGGAGGCCAAGACCCUCUCCCGGGCUGGCCCAGACCUGGAUGCGUUGGUUCGUGCCAUGAGGGAGAACGAAGCAGCUUUGGGAGCAGAGGGAAACGAUUCCCGCCUGCGACGCCUGGAGGCUCGUCAGGAGGACAUCGGCCGGCGACGCCACGAUUUACAGUAUUCCUUAUCGCGCAAAAGCAGCGAGGUGGCACAACUGGAAGCCCAAAGCAGUGUGCACGCAGAAGUUGAUGCCUUGCGACAGCGCCUUAGAGAAACUGAAGCUGAGCUCGGCAAAAAGCUUAGUGACAUGCGACCUGGCCUAGUGCCCCUGCUGGGCCAAAUGCCGGAAGCCUCUGAAGCGGAAGCUAAAGUGGUGGCUGCACUGCACGAGUCGCAGGCAUCGCUGCAAGAUCAGGCAAAGAAGUGCCAAGAGCUUCAGAGCCGUGUUGGUGUUGCCGUGGCUCGCAAAGCCAGCGCUGAAGCAGAAUUGCAUCGUCUCCAGCAGGAAGAUGCCAGAAUCGCAUCGGAACUUGGGGUGCCUUCUGCCUCCUCUGGCGCCAGUCACAGCAGCGCCGCUUCUGAGUUCAAAGCCAGGUUGCAAGAUGUGAAGCAGCAAAUAGAGCUGGCUCGAAAGGAUGUGUCAAUGACCGAAAGUGCAAAACACAUGUACGAGAAGUUCCGAGAAAAGUCGCGGUCGAAGAACAUCUGUCAGUUUUGCAAACGUGGUUUCUGUGGUGAGGGUGACUUGGCAACGUUCGAGGAUGCAAUGGAGAAGUUGAUUGCCAAAAUCCCGGGUUUUCUGGAAUCCAGUCAGCAAAAACUGAAGGAGGUCCAAUUGCAGGAAGCUGCCCUCGAGGCUCAGCGUCCUCGCUGGGAGCGUCUUGAUCAGCUGCGAAAGGAGGAGAUGCCGAGACGGCAAAAGGAAGUCAUUCCUGCAGCAGAGGAGGAACGCUCUCUGCGUGGUUUGUUGGAGCCUGAAGAACGGGAGCGUCGGAGAUUGGAGGAAAGAGUCAAGGCGCUGCACGAACUGCGUCCGGAAGCCGCUGCCUUGCAGCGUCUCGCCAGCUCCGUGGAGGAGCUGCGGGUUGCCGUUCGUGGCAAAGAAGCGCGUCUCCUCGGUGCCAACUCCAAGGUUUCCCUGCAGGCAGAGCGUGACCAGCUGCGGGUGCUGCAAGAGCAACUGGUGGAGCUUGGCAAAGAGGAGGACUCCGUUCGCAUGCAGCGCGACCUCUUGGCUAAGCAACAAGAGCAGCUGCGCACCCAACUGGGUGAGCAGAAAGGACGGCUGCAAGUUCUCCAGUCUCAAGUGGCCAGGCGAAGCGACGUUGAUUCGGAGUUGGCGGUCCGAAAGGUCGAGCUUCAGGAAAGCACCGAAGCAGCUCGACGCGCGAGGGCCGCUGCCGAUUCCACUGCAGCUCGUGCAAAACAACUGCGGGAUGAGAGGGCACGCAAUGCUUCGAAGUAUCGACACGACCUUGACACGCAAGAUGCCCAAAUUCGAAACCUACAGCGCGAAGUUGAUGCUUUGACGGAGCUUGCCAAGUCAAUCGAAGUAAUGCAGGGUCGUGUCGAAAAUGCAGAGGUCCUAAAAGCCAAGCUGGCCAUAGCGGACGACAGCGUUCGCUCAGCAGAGCGCGAGCUCGAGGGACUUCGGGCACGGCUUGAAGCAGCCGAAGAAAAGCGCCAGAAGAAGGAAGCUAUCCGUGAAGCACUUCAGGCGAACAUUCGCCUUAAAAGCAUUGAGGAAGAGGUGGAGCGUCAUCAGCAAGAGAUCAGUUCCUUGCUGAAAGACCUGGGCGGUCGAGAUGUUGAAGCUUUGCGGCAGCAGCUGUCCAAUGUGCGGAACCGGGCAAUGGAGCUGCAAAAGCAGCGCUCUUUUCGAGAGGGCGAGCUCGUCCAGACCAGGGAGGCGAUUAGAUCUCUGGAAGUUGAGCUGGCCUCCCCUCUGUACGCAGGAGUGGAGCAACGCCAUCGGGAGGCAACGAUUCGGCACGAGUCCGCUGCUCUGGCAGCGAAGGAUCUGGGCAGGUACCAUUCAGCUCUCGACAAGGCCCUAAUGAAAUUUCACUCCCUCAAGAUGGCUGAGAUCAACAAGACCAUCAAAGAGCUCUGGCAAAGAGUUUACCGUGGCCGAGAUAUCGAUUAUGUUGCCGUAAGGUCGGACUCCGAAGAGGGAGAUGGAGAUGGACCAGUGGAUUCUGCUGCAUCCGGUCGUGCAAUGCGCUCCUACAACUACCGUGUCGUCAUGGUUUGCGGUGAUGCAGAGAUGGAUAUGC